CUCCCCGGGCACGCGCAGCGAGCAGCGGCCGUUGGCGGCGCAGUGGACGCGGCGUGUAAUCUGCAGCUACACCGGUCACCGGUCACCCUGCUGCUGUCCGGGACUAACGCGAUAAUACCGGCGGGCUGCGACACUCGGGACGGCGGCGGCCGUGAAGUGGAUGCGGGGACUCGGGACUCGGCCUGCUCUCUCUCUAGAGCUGCCCGCGCUAGCACCACAGAAACAACAGAAACUAGAAACUAGAAACUAGGCGUGAGGUUGUUUUGAUGCGGAUCUGCCGCCGGGACGGCUGCGCUCCCUGCUGUCUGGGGGGGUUUUAACUUUUACUUCAACUUAAAGGGUCCAAAAAGAAGAAAUAAAGAAAGAGAGGAAGAAAACGAGCUGCGGAUUUGGCGCAACGAACAAAGUGGGGCUUUUAUUAUGGCGAGUGAGGGGAAAUAGCUCCUGUGUUUGGAUUAGAUGAGCAGCUCUCCCUAAAGGCAGUCCAGGCCGCAGUACCCCCCUGUAACGCUCUGAGCGACUCGGAUCGUCCUGCAAACCCGUCUCUCCCCGUCUCUUGGCCGGCUCCAUCGGCGGGCCAGCGCGGCACUCGCAGCCAAAUGGAGGACCAUGACAACAUGGACUAUUUUUACCAGCAGGUACUGCAGAAAGACGUGACCCGCAGGCUGCAGGUCGGCCAGGACCUCAUCGACUACCUGGCCGACCCGCAGCGCUCCGCGGACGUGGAGCAGGACAAGUCCCGGCUGGACAAGACCAUCGACGAGCUGGCGGGAUGGGUCAACUCCAGCAAUUUCAAGGUGGCAUUGGUAGGGAUAGACAUCUGCGGUGCAUUUGUGGAUCGCUUGGGAGAGCGGUUCAAAGGAUGCCUUGGCACAGUAUUGCCAGCCCUGGUGGACAGGCUGGGUGACGGGAAGGACCAGGUCCGGGAGAACAGCCAAGCUCUCAUCCUGCGAUGCAUGGAGCAGGCCGCUUCACCCAUGUAUGUUUGGGAACGGCUGCUGCCUGGUUUUAAACACAAAAAUUUCCGCAGCAGAGAAGGAAUCUGCCUAUGUCUCAGCGCCACACUCGGCACAUAUGGAGCUCAGGCUCUCAGUCUCAGUAAAUUAGUUCCUCAUCUCUGCUCUUUGACUGGAGACCAGAACCCACAGGUACGCGAGGCCUCCAUAACAACACUGGUGGAUGUUUACCGUUACAUCGGAGAGAGGGUCAGAGCAGACCUGGGAAAGAGAGGACUUCCAGCUGCGCGGUUACAGACUAUAUUCGCUCGUUUUGAUGAAGCCUUGAAUUCAGGCAACAUGGCUCUCAGCCUGAGUCACGAUCGUAGUUUUGACGAUGACGACAGUGUGGACGGACGCUCUUCCUCGGCUCAGACUGCGUUUAAAGUUCCAAAAGUUCCCAAGAAGCCUGCAGAGUCUUCAACUGCCCGCCGACCCAGUGCCACUGGUGCCAAGCUAGUGUCCAAGGAAAGUGGGGGAAUUGACGAAGAUGACUUCAUUAAAGCCUUCACAGAUGUCCCCACCGUCCAGAUCUACUCCACGAGGGAUCUUGAGGAUAACCUUAAUAAGAUUCGGGAGAUCUGCUCAGAUGAUAAACAUGACUGGGACCAGAGAGCCAACGCGAUGAAGAAAAUCCGUUCACUGUUGGUGGCGGGUGCAACCAGCUAUGACUGUUUUUACCAGCACCUUCGACUACUAGACGGAGCCUUCAAACUGUCAGCUAAAGACCUUCGCUCACAAGUGGUCCGAGAGGCCUGUAUCACAGUGGCCCACCUCUCUUCAGUUCUGGGGAAUAAAUUUGACCAUGGAGCAGAGGCCAUCGUCCCUGUCCUGUUCAACCUCAUCCCCAACUGUGCCAAAGUCAUGGCCACCUCCGGUGUAUCGGCUAUCCGCAUCAUUAUCAAGCACACCCACGUACCCAGGCUUAUCCCCCUGAUUACCAGUAAUUGCACAUCCAAGUCUGUGUCUGUAAGAAGGCGCUGUUAUGAUUUCUUGGACCUUCUGCUACAAGAAUGGCAAACCCAUUCUCUAGAAAGGCAUACUACAGUUUUGGUCGAGAGCAUAAAAAAAGGAAUUCGAGAUGCCGACUCGGAGGCCAGAGUUGAAGCCCGCAAAGCCUACUGGGGUCUGAGGAAUCACUUUCCAGGAGAAGCCGAUGCUCUUUACAACUCCUUAGAGUCUUCCUACCAGAGGACUCUCCAGUCCUGCCUGAAGAGCUCUGGCAGCGUGGCCUCCCUUCCCCAAAGUGACCGCUCCUCAUCGUCCUCUCAGGAGAGCCUAAAUCGUCCCCUGUCUUCCAAAUGGCCGGCAGCUCCAGGACGAGUCCCCGUCGGUUCUAAGGGUGGGGUGUCGAUGACCUCCCUGCAGCGUUCCCGUAGCGACGUGGAUGUAAACGCAGCAGCAGUUGCAAAGCACCGUCACGUGGGACAAACCAGGGGAGCGGGUCGUCUGCCCCCUGGCUCCUACUCCUCUCUGGAUGAUGCCUCUGAUAAAACGGAUGGCCGUGUUCGUACAAAGCAGCCCCUGACUACAGCCAGCAGCGUGUCGAGCCAGGUGGACGCGAGAGGCCGCAGCCGGACCAAGAUGGUUUCCCAGUCGCAGCGUUCCGAUGAAUCCGAUUGCACACCAGGAUCUCAGUCUGCUAACCCUGUUGGUGCUGGAAGUCGGAGUGGCUCCCCCGGUCGUGUUCUGACAACGACAGCGUUGAGCACCAUGAGCUCUGGUGCACACCGGGUCCUGGGUGGACCUGCCGGGGACGGACGCAGGCGCAGCCGCAUCCCCCGCAGCCAGGGCUGCUCCAGGGACUCCUCGCCCACUCGUCUGACUGUCGCUCCUUCUAGCAUUAGUUCCAUCUACAAUGGUGCAAGCAGAGGAGCUCGGGGCAGUCGUAUCCCUCGGCCCAGUAUGAGUCAGGGCUGCAGCAGAGAGGCCAGCAGGGAAAGCAGCCGGGACACCAGCCCUGUGCGCUCCUUCACACCUCUCGCUACGCGGAGCUACUCUCGCUCCACCGGAGCUCUCCACUCAUCUGAUGCUUUUGGGGCUGCAGGAUCAGGUUUUGGCAUCAGUCAGUCUAGUCAUCUUUCUUCUUCCGUCAGUGCCAUGAGGGUCCUUAACACCGGCUCCGAUGUUGAAGAGGCUCUCGCAGAUGCACUGCUGUUGGGAGACAUGAGAUCUAAGAAGAAGCCAGCACGGCGGCGUUAUGAGAACUAUAGCAUGUAUUCAGAUGACGACGCCAACAGCGAUGCAUCCAGCGCCUGUUCAGAACGGUCCUACAGCUCAAGGAACGGCGGCGCCAUCCCCACCUACAUGAGACAGACGGAAGAUGUGGCUGAGGUGCUCAACCGUUGUGCCAGUUCCAACUGGUCUGAGAGGAAGGAGGGGCUAUUGGGUCUGCAGGCUCUUCUCAAGAACCAGCGCACUCUUAGUCGGGUAGAGUUAAAGCGUCUGUGUGAAAUUUUCACCAGGAUGUUUGCAGACCCUCAUAGUAAGCGAGACUCCGGCAGGGUGUACGGCACGGCAGAAUCCGGUAUAAGCUCAGCCUCCUUCAAGAGAGUCUUUAGUAUGUUCCUGGAGACACUGAUAGAUUUCAUCCUGGUCCACAAAGAGGACCUGCAGGACUGGUUAUUUGUCCUACUCACACAACUGCUGAAGAAGAUGGGAGCGGACCUGCUGGGAUCCGUACAGGCCAAAGUUCAGAGGGCUUUGGAUGUUACGAGAGAGUCUUUCCCUAAUGACCUCCAGUUUACUAUUCUUAUGAGGUUUACUGUGGACCAGACGCAGACGCCAAACCAUAAGGUGAAGGCAGCUAUUCUAAGGUACAUCGAGACACUGACGCUACAGAUGGAAGCACCAGACUUUGUGAACUCCAGUGAAACUCGGUUGGCUGUUUCUCGCAUCAUCACUUGGACGACUGAACCCAAGAGCUCCGAAGUCAGAAAGGCAGCCCAGUCGGUGCUCAUCGCCCUGUUCCAGCUCAACACCCCAGAGUUCACCAUGCUGCUGGCAGCUCUUCCCAAAACCUUUCAGGACGGAGCCACCAAGCUGCUUCAAAAUCAUCUGAAGAACACGGGGAAUGUUGCACAGGCACCAAUGGGCAGCCCCCUGACACGACACACCCCCAGAUCUCCAGCCAGCUGGUCCAGUCCAGUCACUUCACCCACCAACACCUCCCAGAACACCCCCUCACCAAGUGCGUUUGACUAUGAUACAGAAAACAUGAACUCGGAGGACAUCUACAGCUCUCUGAAAGGUGUCACGGAGGCAAUUCAGAACUUCAGCGUUCGCAGCCAAGAGGACAUGAAUGAACCAGUGCAACGACGAGAAGGAGAGGAAGGGGGCAGCGGGACAGACGGCAGAGUCUCAGACUCCAUGGACGGCGGCCGGAUGGCUCUUGACAACAAGACUUCCCUCCUCAAUACCCCGCUGCUGACCUCCAGCCCCCGGGGGGCCAGAGAGUACUUCACUGACUCCCCUUUCAAACAGAGAAGCAAAGACACCACCAUGGAUGAUUCGGAGCAUCUCACUGAUGAUAGCAGCCUUGACCAAUCGGAGCUCGUCGCCGAGCUGCUCAAGGAGUUGUCCAACCAUAACGAGCGCGUAGAGGAAAGAAAAGGAGCGCUGUGUGAGCUGUUGAAGUUGAUCCGUGAAAACACCCUGCAGGUGUGGGACGAACACUUCAAGACCAUCCUGCUGCUCCUGCUGGAGACGAUGGGUGACCGAGAGCAUGUGAUCCGGACAUUAGCUCUGCGGGUGCUGAGGGAGAUUCUCAAUAAGCAGCCUUUUCGGUUCAAGAAUUAUGCAGAGCUCACCAUCAUGAAGGCCUUGGAGUCUCACAAAGACCCUCACAAAGAGGUGGUACGAGCAGCAGAGGAGACAGCAGCCAUGCUGGCGUUGUCCAUCAGUCCAGACCAGUGUAUCAAAGUGUUGUGUCCCAUUAUCCAGUCGGCUGAUUACCCCAUCAACCUGGCUGCUAUUAAGAUGCAGACGAAGGUGGUGGAGAGGAUUCCUCGUGAAGGCCUGAUGAGCCUGCUACCUGAGAUAGUGCCAGGACUCAUACAGGGCUACGAUAACUCUGAGAGCAGCGUGAGGAAAGCCUGUGUGUUUUGCCUGGUGGCCAUCUAUGCGAUAAUAGGAGAGGACCUCAAACCGUACCUCAGCCAACUUUCCAGCAGCAAGCUGAAGCUGUUGAAUCUAUACAUCAAGCGAGCCCAGUCUGGCUCCAGCGCCAGUGAACUCUCUGAAGGCCUAUAGGAGACACACGUUCAUCUAGCAGGGCGACCACAGAACUGCAAACAGUCCCCACCAAACAUACGGCAUCUGCUCAUGAGAUCACAUCCACACAAGAAGGAGAAGAAAAAAAAAAUCACAAAUCCAAACUUAACAGUGCUUACAUCCAAAACAGACACAUCACCACUCUGUAUACCGGUACACAAAUAUACAGUACAUAGGCUAACGGAGUCUUCAUGUUUCCUGCCUCACUACAAGAUUGGAGUUCUGGUGCCGAGGAGAGGAACGUUGUAGUUCUCCUCACCCUUACUGAGCAUCCACCCUGAUCUCAGAGUGAACUGAACCCUUAAUUAUGGAUUAAAUGAACAGCUGCAGGCUUGCAUUCUCAUACUCCACCUGUUUGUCACUAAUCACUCGAGGAUGAUGAUGUGAAACGUCCGUCCUGUCCGAUUUGAACAAUAUCUCAUAUCAGUAGGAAGUGGUGCAUCUGCAUGGCUCUCAUCUUUCUGGGAAUUAAUAUUCAUCAAACACUACGAUGAACAAACUGUGCCGUGUAUUUUUUUUAUUUUAUCUUUUUUUUUUUGUUUUUUUUUUUUGUUUUUCUUCUUUUAACAGCUUCUCCUUGAACCGUGACAAACUGGGGCCAGGAGGACUGGAAUGUAAUUUUAUUUUUAUUUUUUUCAUCAUCCACACAUUGAGACACACACACACACUGUUUCAGAAAGGUGCUGAUGAGUCUAAACAACCAGUCAAUUCCUGCACAGCACUAACGCCAGUCACGGCAGGUCCUACCUGCUCAUAGUAAACACAAAGCAGACAAAAUCCAAAGUAUAAAAAGCGUUAUGUGCUUGGCUAUGCAUGAGGCUGAAUUUAAAAUGAAAAUAACAUUUUUACCGGGGUCCUGUUGACAGUUUAUAGUGCUGUGACUGGAGUUUUAAAGUAAUUUAAAUGAUGUCCACCCCUUUCAGAUAAAUCCAUUUCUCCCUGCUCAUCUUGGAUCAACCCUCUCUGGACAGCAUGGGAAGAGGGCAGGUGUGUGAUGCUUUACUACAUGACGUAUAACAGGAAAUGGCUUUUAUCACAUAGUGGAUAUGUGUCUAAAAUAUGAUAUUAAAAUUGAAUAUCCCAUAACGUUGAAAGUGUCACUUAGGAGAGGUCCCUAGGAGGGUGCUGGCCCGCACCUUCACCCAUCCUUGUUUUUAUUUUUCUCUCUGUUGCGCGUGCCGUAGUCUCUCUCUCUCUUCCUCCCUCACUUUAUUUUUUUCUCUACUGAGAAAUGUGUAGAAAUGUAUUAUUUACAGCUCUGAAAAGUCUUGUCUUCACUUUUUCUUCAUCUGUUCAUUGUGACUUUGUUUCCUUUCUCUCCUUGUAACAUUCUAGUUUUUUUUCUUCUGUUUUUUCCCCUCUAUGCAUUUACAAAGCUGUGCUUAAAAUUAAAUAAAGAACUUGUACAGAUCAUAACAAGCCACGUCUGUUGACUUUUGUAGCACACAAGUCCCAGGGUGAUGUAGUUGUUAAAAAAAUGUAAUAGAGUUAGAAUUAAACUCUUAAGUCUAAAUUAUUUCUGUAACUGAUCCUGGACAGUGGUAUAUGAUCUGUAUUGCAUAUUUCUAGAUUUUUUUUGUUUUGGUUUUGUUUUUUUUGCAGCUGUGGGCCUGGGUCUACAUAUAAGAUUUACAAGACUUUGGGACAAUACUCUCUUCACUGAAUUAACUCCAAUCUUGUUGUACAGCUGUACUUAUGAACGUUUUACAGUUUUAUUUUGGCUGCUGACAUUUGUGAUGUAGAUGAUCUCCAUAUAAUUAUGGGUCAUCAGAAGAUAGAAAUAAAACUGGAACCAGUAUGUAUUUAUAA